CGCACAUAUUGACUUUGAAUCGAUUAAAUCGUUUGUUAUUCUCAUUGAUCAAAUAUACGAUCAAAAAAGUCGAAGAUGAAAAUCAAUUUGAAAACAAUUUGUUUGUUCUGUGUCGUUUGGUUUCCAAUCUCAAUAUUGUCUGAUGAUGAUGUGGUGAAUAUUUUAUCCAAACAAACUAAUCGUUUUGGUUUAAAUCUAUUGGACGAAAUAGCCAAAAAUCGUGAAGAUCAAGGACAAAUAUUUCUGUCACCAUAUAGUAUUGCGAUGGCAUUAGCCAUGGUUUAUGCUGGCAGUGGUGGCAAUUCACAACAACAAUUACAACAAAUUAUUGGUUAUGAUGAAUGUAUUGAUAUUCGUCGAAAUUCUUGCCAGGUUAUCGAUACUAUUGAACAGAUGAAUCAACGAUUAAGUCAAAUAAUAAACAAUGAUAUGGCGAUUGAAAUUGGUAAUUUAAUGUUGAUGGCUGAAAAUUUUGAAAUCAUUCCCGAAUAUUUUAUGGCUAUACAGAAUCAUUUUAAUGGUGAAAUUAUUCGUGAAAAUCUUGCCGAAAAUGGUGUUGAAGCUAUGAAUAAGAUUAAUAAAUUCAUUUCAAAUCGAACACACGGUAUGAUUGAUCAAUUUUUGACCAUGCCACUCGGGCCGGCAGAUCGAUUCAGUUUGUUCAAUGCUAUUUAUUUCAAAGGAAACUGGGAAUCACCAUUCGAAAAAAGUCAAACACAUGAAGAUAUUUUUUAUGGCCAAAAUGAUCGUCAACGACGUGUACAAUUUAUGCGAAAAGAAGAAUAUCUCAGUCAUCAUGCACUUGAUAAUUUAGAUGCCGAUAUGAUUCUAUUAGAAUAUAAAGGCUAUAAAGUAAUAUUUGUUGGAAUAUUACCACGUAAACGUGAUGCUGAUUUAGCGAAAUUACAUAAAGCAUUAAAUAUGACAGAAAUCCAGGAAAAAAUCCACAAAAAAGGUGGUGGAUAUUGUGUGGUUCAUUUACCUAAAAUGGAAUUCGACACAACAUAUGAUUCAUUACAAAAAGAAAUCCAAACAAUGGGUAUUGAAGAUAUUUUCGAAGUGGGUAAAGCAAAUUUUACUGGCAUUACUAUCAAUGAACAAUUUGCAAUUGGAAAAAUGCUACAUAAAGCCAAAAUUAAGAUCGAUGAAGAAGGUACGGUUGCUGCAGCUGCAUUUGGUUUUAUUAUGGUAACAUCUUCUGGUAUAUCGGAAGAACCAGUACCCGAAUUUCGAUUCGAUCAUCCAUUCUUGUUUUUUAUCCAUCAUAAACCAACUGGACAACAUUUAUUCAUGGGUGAAAUACGUUAUCUAUAGGGGAAAAAAAAUCAAAAUCCAAAAUCAAAAACCAAAACCAAAACCGAAUACAUUGCCAUCUAUUUUUGUAUCACAAAAAUAAAUGUUGAUUCUU